CCGUGUCUCCUGCCGCCAUGGUCAACCCUACCGUCGAUGGCGCGCCCCUGGGCCGCGUGUCUUUCGAGCUGUUUGCAGACAAAGUUCCAAAGACGGCAGAGAAUUUCCGUGCGCUGAGCACUGGUGAGAAAGGAUUUGGUUACAAAGGUUCCUGCUUCCACAGAAUUAUUCCAGGAUUUAUGUGCCAGGGCGGUGACUUCACUCGCCACAACAGCACAGGCGGCAAGUCCAUCUAUGGAGAGAAGUUUGAUGAUGAGAACUUCAUCCUGAAGCACACGGGGCCUGGCAUCCUCUCCAUGGCCAAUGCAGGCCCCAACACCAAUGGCUCCCAGUUCUUUAUCUGCACUGCCAAGACUGAGUGGCUGGAUGGCAAACACGUGGUGUUCGGCAAGGUGAAGGAGGGCAUGAACGUUGUGGAGGCUAUGGAGCGCUUUGGGUCCAAGAAUGGCAAGGCCAGCAAGAAGAUCACCAUCUCCGACUGUGGACAAGUCUCAGGCCCCGCUUCUUUGUUCCCACUACACCAGACCUCAGGAGUCUGGUGUGCCCAUCCCCAUGUGCCCAGAAUGCCCUCUGGCCCGUGUGCACCCUCAGUUCCCUAGUCCUUACCCUGUCCCAUCUUGCUGGAUUGCAGAGUUGUUUAUGAUUAUGAAAUAAAAAGUACAUAAUAACGGUCAAAAAAUAAAUAAAA